CUUUAUUUUUUCAGCGCCCAAGUUGAAUGCGAACCAUUUAGACUCCUUUUUCUCUAAUCCUAAAUUACAGAAGAGAGACUGUCACCAUGUGCUCACUUGCUGAGGGACCACCCCCGCCUGCAGAAGGCUGUAUUACAGUUUGUGAAGAGAAUGGAGAUUUGGUCACCAUUCAGGCCAGGAAUGCCCCUGUGAACUACACACCAAGGAUUGCUGGCUUUGAGUACCCCAGCAUCAGUACCUCGACCGAGAGUCUCUGCUCUCUGGCGUCAGAUGAGGCAGCCCAGUCGGCGUUCCAGCCUCACGUGGAUGAGGUGUCGCUAUGGAAACAAGCCUGGUAUACCUGCAGGGUUCAUGGCCUGACCGAGAUGCUGGAUGAACUCUCCAAAAAUGAGACAGCUCCCUGGCCUGUUACCACGCUUGCCUGUGGAUGUCUUACUACUGUGACCAUGGUCAAUUUAUUCAGAGGCUCGCUCUAUCCUCACUUGAUGCUCUCUCCUGAAGAGAUGAUCCAUGAGUUCAGUGCAGCUAAGGAUUGGCAGGACAGUGAGAUCAGAGCGUUUGCAUGGCACCAACAUACCAACAAGUGUGCUGUAGCAUGGAAGGAUAACACAAUCAAAAUCUUCAUAUCAGGAAGUGAUGUAGUUCCAACACUGAAGCACAGACAACAGCGGGGUGUGUCUUGCCUGGCAUGGAAACCCCUGUCUGCAACGGUAUUGGCUGUCGGUUGUCGUGGUUGCAUACUCAUCUGGCAUAUAGACCCCAACUCAUUAUCUACCAGGCCAACUGCCAGUGCAGCCCAAGUUCUUUCCCACAAUGGUCAUGCACCGAUAACCUGUCUAAGUUGGGACCCUAGAGGGCGUCUUCUAGUUUCUUCAUCUCCAAGAGAUACAGCCAUACUGGUGUGGGAUGUCCCCAGGGAAGCAUGUGUGCCCUUGAAGAGGACCAGUGGAGGGGGCGUGGCCCUGCUGAGGUACUCCCCAGAUAGCUCCAAGCUCUUUGCCUCCUCUCCUUCACAGGUAUUCAGAGUUUGGGAGACAAGAACCUGGACGUGCGAGAAGUGGACGCAGCUCUCUGGUCGAUGCAAGAGCGCCUGCUGGAGCCCCGACGGGCGGUUCCUCCUGUUCUGUACAGAGGAUGAGCCAGCCAUCUUCGCUCUGAACUUCAUCCACAGCGGGAGUAAGACUGGCGGGGCCGAGUCGGCCAUCAAGUGUGCUGAUGUCUCGGAACUCUUCAUUAAGGAUGAGAUAUAUGGAACGAGGGUUGGUGGUUUGAUCCAAGACAUGGUAUGGGAUAACACCGGAGAGAGGUUGGCUGUUCUCUUCAAAAGCAAUAAGGAAACGGGCAAUACCGGUGAACUCAUAGCCCUAUUCAACACCAGAUUAACACCCACUCUGCAACUCAUUCCCAGUGGUUUUGUACGAGGUGAGCCAGGAGAGGUUCCAGAGCUGAUCUCCUUCAAACCAAACUUCAAUCAUGGUGCCCUUCUCACAAUCUGCUGGCAUAGCGGCAAAGUGACCUUUGUCCCUCUGCUCUUCAUACCCUCUUCUACCCUGGCCGAGAAUGGAAGGAUCCCAGCUCACUUCACUCAGAAGAGCACCCCUCUUCCACAAGAACUCUUCUCAGUGUCAAACUCAAAGAAGUGAACGUCCAAAACUAAGGUCCAGUCACAUGUUAUGUGGUAAAUGUACUUUCAACUGUAUUUUCAGACUGAAACGCUGGAAUGAUGCAUUGUUUGAAGUAUAUUUUCUAGCCGUAUUGUAGAUGUGACAAAAGUCAACUGUGAUAGCCAAAUUUGUUCUAUUAUUCUACCAAAGCAGGCAACUUUUCUUGGUGUCAAACUCAAAGAAAUGAAUGUCUUAAACUAAGGUUCAGUUACAUGUGAUGUAGUAAAUGCUUCAACUCAACUUGUCGUAGACUGAAACACUGAAGUGAUGCAUUGUUUGAAGUACGUUUGCUAGUCAUAUUGUAAGUGUGACAAAAGUUAAUUGCAGCACUCUAUUGUUUGUUCUAUUAUUCUACCAAAGCAGGCAAGGAAUUUUGUUUGUUAAAGAAAUUUUCUUGGUGUCAAACUCAAAGAAGUGAACGUCCUAAACUAAGGUCCAGUCACAUGUUAGGUGGUAAAUGUACUUUCAACUCUAUUUUUUACAGACUGGAAUGAUAUAUUGUUUGGAGUAUAUUUUCCAGUCAUAUUUUAGGUGUGACAAAAGUCAACUGCAGCACUCCAUUGUUUGUCUAUUAAUCUACCAAAGAGGGCAAAGAUUCUAUUUUUUUAAAGAAUUUUCUUGGUGUCAAACUCUAAGAAGUGAAUGUCCUAAACUAAGGUCCAGUCAUAUGUGAUGUGGUAUUAAAACGAUUCAACUCUCUUUUUCACAUACUGAAACACUGGAAUGGUGCAUUGUUUGGAGUUUAUUUUCCAGUCAUAAUGUAGGUGUGACAAACUGUGGUAGCCAAAUUUGUUCUAUUAAUCUACCAAAGCAGGCAAAGAUUCUAUUUUUUUAAAGAACUUUUCUUGGUGUCAAACUCUAAGAAGUGAAUAUUUUAAACUAAGGUUCAGUCACAUGCGAUGUGGUAAAUGCUUCAACUCUAUUUAUUUUUUAUUGACCAAAAGCACGGAUUGGUACAUUGUUUGGAGUAUAUGGGCCAUGCAUAUUGUAGGUGUGACAAAGGUCAACUGUGGUAGCCAUAUUUUUGUUCUAGUAGUCUACCAAUGCAGGCAAGGAUUUUUUUUGAACAACUUUUCUGUGUCAAACUCAAAGAAGUAAACGUCCUAAACUUAGGUCCAGUCACAUGCGAUGUGGUAAACGUUUCAACUCUUCUUUUUUUCACAUACUGAAACACUGGAAUUAUGCAAAUGUUUGGAUUUUAUUUUCCAGUCAUACUGUAGGUGUGACAUAAGUCAACUGUGGUAGCCAAAUUUGUUCUAUUAUUCUGCCAAAGCCGGCAAAGACUUAUCGGUGUCAAACUAGAAGAAGUGAUUAUCUUAAACUGAAGUUCAGUCACAUGUGAUGUUGAAAAUGCUUCAACUCUAUUUAUUUGUCAUGGACCGAAAGCUUGGAAUGGUACAUUGUUUGGAGUAUAUACAUGUAGGCCAUCGGCACUCCAAUGUUUGUUCUAUUAGUCUACCAGAGUGAGCAGAGAGUUAGAA